AUGUCCAAUAACGAGGCUAGCAAGCUCUACGAGACCAUCAUCGAGGAUGUCAUCAACGAUUCAAGGCAGGACUUUGAAGACAGUGGCAUAGACGAGUCGACGUUGCAAGACUUGCGUAGAAUAUGGUGUGAAAAGUUGUCACAGGCACAAGUGGCCAAGUUUUCCUGGGACGAGGACGACGCCGCCGAUAUUCAUCAACACCCACAAGUAUCUCAGGCCUCUGCCUCGAAUGGCUCAGGUCUUGAGUUGCCGACUGUAAAUGGUGAUGUUCUUUCGUAUAACACUGUGUCCAGUGGAAUUGGCAUUGAGCUUCCAGAUAUAACUAAAAAGGAUGACGUAGAUGAUACCGGCUUGAUGUUGCCCAAAAUAAACCAGGCUGAUGGUACCUUCGAAUUUACAAUCUACACCGAUGGUGCUGACAAGUUCAUGAAUGCAUUAAAGAAAAGCGACAAUGAAAACAAAAGUAAGAAAAGGAUCGUCCAGGCUGACGGAACGUUUGGAGAAGAUGACGAUGAUGAUGACGAUAUAUUUAACGACUCAGACGACAUCAACUCCGAUUUAGAUGACGACUUGGAGAGCGAAAAGUCGGACGACGAAGAUGGUGACCAGGUGGGCCAAAUCAUGUUGUGUUUGUACGACAAGGUGCAAAGAAUUAAAAAUAAGUGGAAAUCAAACUUAAAGGAAGGCAUUGCAAAUAUAGAUGGCAAGGAUUACGUGUUUCACAAGGCUACAGGCGAAAGCGAAUGGUAG